AUGGCACACAUUGUUCAAAGUCAAAUCUGCCCAGAACGUGGUCUCAUUUAUCUCCUAGUAUCUGGUGGCGAGGAAUCUGAUAAGGCAUGGAAAAGUGCCGAAGAAAUUUUGAGUUCUCGACCGGAAUUGAUCGAAUUACACGAAAAAUUGUACAAUUUCAAAAGCAAACAUUAUCCAAAGUCUUUUACAAUAAAACCCAGGUUAAUACCCAAGACUUACCAAGAUUUAAUUGAGAAUUGUCUGGACGAGGAGCAUUAUAAUGGAUCGUUGGACUUGAUGGAAUCCUUUCAAAACGAGCGAGAAUACCUUCCAGUAUACCAUAUACGUCAGGUUAUGGGUAUAAUUGUAGACGAAAAUGUUGUGGAUUCACUUGCUGUUCGUGCCUACAAACUUUUGCAGCAUAUACUGCAAACUUGUGGCGCCGAACCAUUUCAGGAUGUGGAUCGAACAUUGAUGUUAUUAAAUCAUCUUGUUAAUGUGUACGAGAUGGAUAUUAUAAACAAUUUGGAAUCUUCGUUACUUUUACAAUUAUUCACUAAAAAUUACGGAAGGGUACGCACCAAUAUCAAACAACCUAUUGAAACUUUGCUCGCUCCAUUUUCCACGGAUGAAAUUAUUCCUAUAAGAACCGCUCGUUUAGCACAACGACUAAUUGAACAGAUUAUCCUCCUUUCUUAUGCGGGCAUUAUAUGCUCCGAUACUUUGAAGCGUGAGCUCUAUCUUUUGAUUAUCAAUUUAAGCCCGGAUAAUUUUCGGGUCUUUUUCCAAACACUUUCCUGCACCACUUUCAAAUGCAAAUUACUAGAACACGCACUCCAAGACACCAAUCUUGGAGAAAUACAACACGAAUAUCGGUAUCUACUUAACGCGUCGCUUGAUCUCUCGAAAAUCAUCCACGUCUACUUUCAAUCAAAACCUUAUUAUAGGAGAGUAUGUCGAUCGACUGCGAUAUGGCGUCACACUUUUAUGUUGGUAACUUUGCUUCAAAGUUACAUUCAAUCGAAAUCCUUGCGCAUCUCAAAUAAAAUAUAUAAUGGGUUGCGCGAUGAUGAAAAGGAAUUAUUUGUUGAAGAUUUAGUCCGCCAAAAGUUGGAGGAAUUAGAUCAAUGGAUUGUUGGUGAGAAAAAGAUAGAAAAGGAAUUUAGACAAAGCGCUAAAUUAUUGGUUGAUUUAGCGAGCAUUGUGCUCGAUAUGCUCGAUAUGCCAUGUUCGAUGGAAAUUGAAGAAAAUUGUACGAUGUGA